AUGGCCUAUCACAUACCGGGAGCUUUUCCUCUAUCAGAUUCGAAUACGCACGAGUUACCAGAGGAUAGUCUUGGAGGAAUCUCAGUGGGACACGACGAUUCACUCGUCAUUGGCCUCCAAACGAAGCGGACAGAGCUAGCACCAGCUUUGCACAGCCAAGCAUCCGUCGCUGAACCGCAAGCUACGGAGGAGGAUCUCAGUGUACGUCUAUUCUCUGAACCCGCCUUUCGAACAAUCAUCUUACGUCCUCAGCAUAUGAGGCAGGGGCUACCGCGUGCGGGCAGCAGUCCGGAAACGCUCCCCGAACUUUCGGCGGAGGAAGUUGCAGCAUUGUGUCUUGCCUCAAAUAUGACAGAAAAUAGCAAUUUAACGGUAGAGUUGUCCAGGGAUCAGGGGACAGAUUCCAACUCGGUGAGCAACAACCUCUCGGACAAGUGCCAGGCCUGUAAGGACUAUCGUGACGAUGUUUCGCAAUGCAAUAUUUGUCGCCUCAACUAUUGCGACCCCUGUUGGGACCAGCAAAUUGUGCAUCGUGAAAUGCCGUUGAUUUAUGACGAGGGUUCCGAUUAUGUCCCGCAUGAAAAGACCAAUCUUCGGCUGACGAGAAAGGUGCAACGUGCGUUGCGCCCGAGACGAUUGCCGGAAGCCGACAAAAGCUUACAUCAACAAGAUGCCGGUACUAUGUGGUUUGGAAUGUACCACGCGGAACAUGAGAUCAAGUUCCUUGACGGUACCAGGUAUGAGCAGAUCAUGGCCGGCUAUCCGCCAAAUAAACGUACGGGCCUGUUUCCGAGUUUGGUAUCUUUCGUUGGCAACACUGGAGCGGGAAAAAGCAGUCUAAUCAAUCUGUUGAUCACCUUGAAUCAGCCCGGCUCAAGGGAGUAUCCUAAACCAGUUGUAGGCAACCCCAGUAACCCUCAACCGACGUCCAGUGAUGUCCACCUCUAUCAAGACCCUGCAUCGGCAGAUUCUCAGACUCCCAUUCUUUUCGCGGAUAGCGAAGGUCUGUGCGGAGGUAACAAUAAACCAAGGAGCCAAGUGCUCCAAGAAGAGGAGGAUAUUACGAUCAGGGCAAUAGUAAAGGUGAUCUACAAGAAAGCCAGGAGGCUCUUUUGGUUGGAUCAAGCAGCCACGCAGCCAAGGGAAUAUGUUGUCAAAAACCUUUACUCUAGGAUCCUCUAUGCCUUCUCCGAUGUUGUCGUGUUCGUGAUGGAAAAUGCAGGCAUGAUCGAGGGCGUGGCAUCCCAGCUCCUGGACUGGGGUGCCCAGGCCAUCGAGCAUACCUCAAACCAAGCAGUGCGACCACAUGCUAUUAUCGUCAUCAACAAGGCAGAAAGCACCCUUGCACAAGACCUUUGGGAUAUUCACGUCGCGACGUCGUGGCUGUUUGCCAAUGUGGAUACCCAGUUACUCACCAAUCCACGCUUUCGGACUUACCUCGACAAGUGGAGGCAUACAGGUCGCAUGAGCACGAAGCAACUGGUGGAGAAGUAUUAUUCAUCCGUCAAGGUGAUCUGUAUCCCCGGACUCACUAAUGGCAUCGGGCGGAUGAAUCUGAUUGAGCAGCAAAUGCUGAAGCUUUACACCGAAAUCUCCAUUGCCGGCACCGAGGUCAGAGAAUUCAAGAGGGAACACCGCCUCUUGUUGAAUGCGGAUCAGCUCAAUCCUUACUUGCAGCUGGCCUUUGAACACUUCUCCUCGAGGGAAGGGCUCUCGCAACCAUUUGACUUUGUUCAAGCUUCAUUUCUUAACGCACCAAUAUCGCCCGAUUUUAGCGACAAUCUCCUCACACUGGCGGUACGACUCCGGUCACGAUUGACUGCCAAGGCCAGUAAUCGUCCGAAAGACGUCAAAUUGUCUUCUCUUAUAGCUGAACUCAGCUUACCCGCAGCUUCAGCGAUCAUGCUGGAUGCUGCACGGCAUGAUCGCCUCGGUAAAUGCGAAACAAUACUUCCACAGUACAAGUCUCGUUUCACCCAAGGUCUCAAAAAGUUCCUCGACCAGCAUUGGCUCUGCGAAUUUGGCGAUUGUCAGAUCAAUAAGGUCAGCCAUCAUUCUGGCCACAAGGACGCGUCCAACAAACAGAUUGGAGCAGAAAAAGGCGUCAGACAGGAAUAUCACUGCGAGAAAACCGAGGCACAAUGUUUACGGGACUUCGAAUCGGAAGUACAGAGACAUCUCGAACAACUGUUGGACUGGUCGUCUUCCUCAUUGUCAGAUCGAUUCAGUCGAGCAAGGGCUGUGGUCGUCCACAAAGAAAAGUUGCGCCAAUUCUACAAGCGAUACGAGAGCAACUUUGGAACCGUUUUUUGUGACAAUAUAGGCUGCCUCUGCUGCCUCAUGAGCUCCGCAAGCCACUGUUUGGAAUGCAAACAUGUUGUUUGCACAGACUGCGUGAAAGACUUUGGUGUGGCCAUAAAUGCCACCACGGUCGAAAUGAGUGAUUGUCCUAUGCACGAAACACAACCUUGGAUCCACAAGCCCUUGAUCCGAUUUAAGCCCCCGGCUGCCGGUUUGCGGUUACUUUCACUUGAUGGCGGCGGCAUACGAGGUAUCGUCCAGCUUGUUCUCCUACAACAGUUGGAGAAGCACCUCGGAGGAAGGAUUCCGAUACAGUCAUUCUUCGAUCUCGUCGUUGGAACUAGUGUUGGCGGCAUCAUUGGAGCAGCACUCAAUGUCAGAGGUUGGAGUACCGACAGAAGUGUCGCCGAAUUCAAGACACUCUGCCGCAAAGCAUUUACACCUCGCUUCCCUAAUUUUAUUGCUGUUAAUCCGAACGGCAUGUUCUCGUUCUUGCGGAAAUGGACCCACGUCUACGACACGGAAGCUCUAGAAGAUGCUCUGAAAGACGCGUUCACAUCCGCUGACACAUUGUUUGGCCACCCAACCUAUCGUGUGUUCGAUAGCAAGCUCGCUAUCACGGCAGCAUCCAAUGGUGGUGGAGCUUUCGUUUUUGGCACUUACAACAGACCAGAGAACACCGACCGACGUCGCACUUCGUAUACGUGGAUGAGAGCAAGGCAAUUUGACAAAGAAAUCAAAAUAUGGGAAGCUGCCCGAGCCUCUUCGGCUGCCCCGACGUGGUUCGAAAGCUUCGCCCAUCGAGCUUCACAGAGAAAGUUCGUCGACGGGGGCAUUUACUUCAAUAACCCAGUCCACGUUGCCGACCAGGAGCGCGAGUUCCUCUGGCCCAAUUCAAGAGCAGAUUUAAUACUGUCUGUGGGUACUGGGAUGAACAAGGAGGUCCAAGACAAAGUAGAACAAGGCGUGAAAGCACAGCCUGACCUUGACGGUAUCCCCGAGGUGAACGAAUCAUGGUGGCCAUUCUCGCAAAACCAGAUCUUCAUUCUGGGUCAGAUUGCAAUUGACAAAAUCAACAGCAGCUUAGAUUCGGAAAACACCUGGAACGAAUUCCGUGCCGCUUAUGGUGCUGCUGCUCUGGAUCCUUGUGUCCGGUUGAAUAUACCGCUUGAUCCACUCCCUGAACUUGAUGAGGUCGGCAAGCUCGAAGACCUGCGUUUAGCCGCACAGCGGUAUUGGAACAGGGCGGCGCCAUUCGCCCGCCUGGAACGGCUUGCCAAUCGUCUUCUUGCGACCUGCUUUUACCUCGAUGUACAAGGGACUGGAGAACAAAGAGAUGGCACUUUUGUUGUGACAGGUCGAAUCUUGUGCCGCUUUAUUCCUGAGUCGCCAAAUCGGGAACUCCAGCACCUGGGGCAGGUCCUUGGGGACAGAAAGACAACCAGCCCGAAUUCGCCCCAUCAGUUUCCUCACUUCAAGUCUCUCGAACGAGGUCGGCCAAGCACAAUGCAGUACCACCCACUGGGCGACGAAGCGGUGACCAGGAUGAAGGAACGCAACCAGUUCUCGCUCGCCGAGGAGUUUUUGACCCUUCGACUCUCCAGCUCCAUCGCGAUGGCGGAGAUCCUUCUCUGUUUCAGCAAUCAAGAAGAGUUUCCCAUCAGUGGAUUUCCCCAGGCCUUAUAA